UCUAUGGAAAAUGCUACCACUUUCCCCUUUAAGUGAAGUUUGUUUUCCUCCAAGUCUGGCAGCUAUUUUAGUACAUGCCCAAAUGUGCACGUGGUCUGUGCAAAACUCCAGACGCAGCCAGACACAGCCUCGCUCUCUUGUCUGCUGGGCAGGAACAGGCUCAGCUGCUUUGCUGCUCUCUCUAAUCAGGGCUUCCUCUUCCUCAGCAUUGGAGAACUGUAGACAGUUCUGGCCUCUCGGGGAGUUGAUGAACAAGACAUAUCCUAGCCACGUGCAAAGCCUUCUCCGUGGACAUCAUGGCCAUAGUGCAGACCCUGCCCAUCUCCAUUGAGUCUGCCUCGGAAGGGACUGCCCAGCUCCAGACAGGUGCCUGCUCGCCUCCUGCAGCAAUGGGCAGCGUCAGUAGCCUCAUCUCAGGCAGGCCUUGCCACAAGGCCACCACAGAGUUUGGCCCCUUCCGUCUGCCAGGAGGUGCUGGUUCCCAAGAGCCCUUGUGCCAUGGACUCCCUGCCAAGAAAGUCAACUGUGCUUAUGGUAGUGAAGAGGACUGGGCUGAAGCUGUAUCUCCUAUAAGCCCCUGCAGUGACACCGAGGACCUUCAGGAUGACAAACCCCAGGUUGGCACCAUCCGUGGACCUCCCCCCAAGCUGGUGCCUGUCUCGGGGAAACUUGAGAAGAACAUGGAGAAGACAUUAAUCCGCCCAACUGCCUUCAAGCCUGUCAUGCCCAAGAACCGCAAUCUCUCUGUGCAGGGGCACUUGGCGCUGCGUCCUGGUACCUCAGUUCUCUCUGAGAGCCAAGCUAGCCUAGCUCAGUUCUUUGGUGGCUCCUCCACAGGGAGUACUGAGAAACACAACUCCCUGAGCUGCCGCACAAGCUCUCAUUCAGGAACCAUGUCUGACUCGGGACACAACUCUCUCUCAAGCCUGCCCACGUACAGCACUGGUUGCAGCCAACAAAUGGAGCCAGUCAACAUCUCUAUGGGCCACAUAAACCUUGACAGUCAUGGCAGUAGCAUUUCACGGGGCCUUACUGGUCCUUCAAACUCAGACAGUGGCCGGUCAUCAUCAAGCAAGAGCACCGGCUCUCUGAGUGGCCGUGGGCACCCUUCCUCUGACAGUGGGUCAUGCGGUGGACGCUCACCUGUGCACAGUGGUGCUGACGAAGCUCUUCUUGUUCAUGAACUUGAGGAGAAGCUGCGAGAACGGGAAACUGAGCUACAGCAUUUGAGAGAGAGCUUGGAUGAAAAUGAGGUGGCCAUUUGCCAGGUAUAUGAGGAAAAGCAGAGGCGCUGUGAGGAGGAGAUGGAAGAACUACGGCAGGGCUACACAGUCAAGCUCCAGCAGGCAGCACAAAAAGCGCAGCGCAGCCAGCAAGUGCUGCAGCUCCAGAUCUUCCAGCUUCAGCAGGAGAAGAAGAAACUCCAGGAGGAUUUUGCACAGCUACUGGCAGAGCGCGAGUUGCUGGAGAAACGUUGUGCUUCUUUUGAGCGAGAGCACACAGAGUUGGGGCCACGGUUGGAAGAGACCAAAUGGGAGGUGUGCCAGAAGUCAGGUGAGAUAUCACUACUAAAACAGCAGCUGAAGGAAUCCCAGGCAGAGGUGGUCCAGCGGGGCAAUGAGCUGGUGCUAUUAAGGGCUCAGCUGAGGGAAGCACGGGCUGAGCUGCAAGCUAGUGAGGAGGAGGUGCUGGGGUUGCAGGAGGUGGCCCGCACCAAAGCUCUGGAGCUGGAAGUCUGUGCCAAUGAGCUGGCAAGGCGCAAGAGUGAAGCAGAGCUGCUGCGUGAGAAGUUGGGACGCUUGGAGCGUGAACUGGAUGGGCUGCGUAGUGCCAGUGGAGAUCUCUGUCCCCUGUUGGCUGAGUGCGAUGAGGCAAAAGCCCAGCGGCAGGCAGCAGACACCCUGCAUGGUUUGCGAGCCCAGGCUGAACGGCUGCGUGCAGAGCUGCUGUGUGAGCGGCGGCGUGGUGAGGAGCAACGGGAGGCUUUCCACGCUGAGCGCAUUACCUGGCAAAGUGAAAAGGACCGGGUCAUCCGCUAUCAGAAGCAGUUGCAACAUAAUUAUAUCCAGAUGUACCAGCACAACCGUGACAUGGAACGCCAGCUGCGCCACCUCAGCCUUGAACUUGAGGCCCGGGACAUGGAAGAGUAUGAGAUGCAUGGUGGUGAAGGAAUCUGCUUUGAGGAGAUUGCCGCUACGGAGAUCUGAGUGUGCCUGGUGGAGACCUAGUGAAGGGGCCACCCUGCCAGAAAGAGAUUCUGGCUACUGAGAUUGGAGCAUGCUCAGCAGGGACACCAUCUGUGUUUGGGAAUUGAGAAUGGGAGUCCUGGGGUGGAGGGCAUUUCCUAAUGUACAAGCACAGUCAUGAGUCUCAGUGGGUAGCACUUGUACCAUCACAUAACAUAGUUGAGGUCCCAGUAUGAGAGUACCCUGUCCAGCCCCCAAACAUUCACUGCCAUUGAAAUGUGCCUAGGGCUUAUAGGCAGCUCAGAUUGCUCCCCAGGAGCAUGGGACCUGGCAAAAGAUACGCCUACCCACCCCUUCUUCUUGGAAGCAAGCAAGCAGCAGCUCUGUUCUUCCUGGGCUCUGCAUACUUUUGGAAGCAGCACUUGGGUAGUGCUUGUCCUCCAGGUUGCAGUUGAUACUCAGUCUCCUACAAGGAUGCUGGCUGUUACAGUAGAGCUCACCAUCACUUACCUCCUAUUUAUGGGCUGGAGACAGGCUUUAAGGCAGGGUAGGUGGGAUGCCUGAGGGGGGAGGGCUUUGAUUGGCCUUCUUCAUCUAUGGAGUGACCCAAUUGGUCUCUAUUGUCUGAUCAUUAGGCAGAGUUGACUGUAAGUGUGUUAAUGGCCUGCCAGCUGCUGAUCCAUUUAGUUGAUGGGAGGGAAUUAGCAUGACCUGCUUGGAGGCCUGCUGGGUAGAGAAGAUUUUUUUUAUUUUCUAGCAGGAUGCUGUUCUCUGACUUUCAGUCCAGUCCUGUGCAAAACAGAACUAAAUGAAAAAUCCUGUUGUGAGCCAAGAAAAUCUGAAAAUUUAGUCUGAUUUGAACCCAAUAGUUGUGAAAUGUAAAGUGCUUUGCAGGCUGGUAAAUCUCCCCCCCCCACCCCUGGUGGAAAGUCUUCAAGUUCUCUGAUUGGAAGUAUGGGCAAAAUCUGAGUCUCCAUAAAUUAACUUCACAGCCAGAAAGAAAAAUGAAAUAACUAAAAUUGAUUCUCAGGCUGUUGAAUCCUGGCCCCAAAUUGUGUGUGUGUGUGGGGGGGGGGGGUGCGUGUCUUUCCCCCCUUGUUCUUGUGUGCAAUGCCAGAAUUAUGACGUUCUAGGCUCCGCUGUCCUGUGAUAGCAGGAGCUGAAAUCCCAGACUGCAUUUCCCAAAAGGCUACAAGCCAAACAUCCCGACCUCUAGGGUGUCUACGUGGUAGAUUCUUUCCUUAAAGGGACCUGUGCUGCUCCAUUACUGGCAGUUCAUUGAGUAAUUUCCCUGCACACUUAGUCAUCCUAAUUUCCUGUCCCACUCCACUGCUUGUAUCCAAAGGAUUAUUUUUGUAAGGCUUAUCCAAAGCUAUGUGUAGAAGCUUGCUCUGAAUUCUUAUCCCUGGGGUUUGCGAAUGUCUUUCCCCUUUGUAUAUUGCCUGGAUGUUCCCAUUUUCUUGAGGCUGCUGAGACUGUUGCCAGGACUUUGUGCUGUUUGCCUGUCCCACCUCUGUGGACAGCCUGCUGCAUGAGGCCAGGGGAUACGGAAACCUACAUGAGAGUGCCUUUCCCUUUUUUGCCUUCAUCUUUCCCUCCCUGCAGACUCCACAAUUGCUUGAGUUGAGGUCCAGUGGUCCCAAAUUUAUCAAUGUUAUUUCCCUUUCAGGUUUGUUUGGCAGAGUGCCCUGCUGGCUUUAUCUUUGGAAUGGUGUAGAGUAAGCUGCUGUUCCUAGGAGCCCCAGUGUCCAGUUGCCCGUUUCCUUCCAUAGGAGAGCUCCUUUCCAGGACGCUGUGUUCCAGUCCUUCCUGCCUUCCAUUGGGCAGUGUUCAGCUCUUUGACUUUAUUUGUUCUUGUUCUGAAUAAGUGAAAAUCAGAGUGCACCUGAGUACACAGCCCCAUCUUUUAGUCUGGAAAUUCAUCUGUACUUAAACCAGGUUCACUGGCUGUUUUGGCUGCAGAGAAAGUCCUGGCUUGUAGCUCACUCUCCACCCUCACCUUGAAGUGAUUGGUCACCUUCUUGGCAGAGGGACUCAUCUUCAGAGAACAGCAUUCCUAUUUGGGGUAGAGGAGGAUAAUCUGUGUCUUCCUCUCCUGCCUAGCUAGGGAAGUUGUGAACUGGCAUGGGUGUGUCCAUAGGAAGGAAAGCAGACUGUAUUCUGAGGUGGUGAAAGGCCUUAUCCAGAGGGCAUGACAAAGCAGCCCAGUACUCUGUAAGGACCAAAAUGCACUCUAUUGGAGAAGUGUAGCCUUUUUCUUCAGGUUGAGUAAAUUAGGAAAAUACGUAUAACCCUGUACUGAUCAGGAAGCUGAAGGGAAGAACUAACUUGGACCUAGUACACCUGGACCUUGGCGUCACAGAAUAGGAUUGAGUUGCUAAUGCAUCCAUCCAAUACAAGAAACAGCAGACAGCUAUGCAAAUGUGGCUUUGAGUGUCCAUGAAAAUCUUGCCAUGCCACCCCCCAGUUGUGUCCCCCUAUAUACAGUGAAUGCUUUAUGUGCCCACCAUGUCAAGUUGGCUAAAUAUUGUUAGCCCAUUCUCUGUGCCAGUGUAAACAGGGAAACUUCUAUAGUGAGCUGAAGGCAGCCAAAGCCCAGCAUAUUUGGGCGUUGUUUACGCCAAUCUGGGAAUAGCAGCAUUGACACUGUGGUGUUUACCAUGUUGGGCUAACUUUAGCUUUACCACUUGUUCUUUUUCUGCAUUUAUUAGACUUGAGAUUUUGAUGGAUAGGGUGGGGUCCGGAGGGUGCGCAGUGGCUCUUUACGUACCUCCAGCCGUUUGCCAGGGAUAUUCCAUGCUAAUUUAGAUUUUUGUGCAUUCCACAAGAAGAGGCAGCCCUCACCCACUUCUAUCCCAGCCACUUUUGUGCUCUACUGCCCACAGCUACUGGAGAAUGUGUGUGGGGGGGCACACAUCACUAGACCAAAGGAAAAGCUUGGUGUGUGUCAUUUCUGUGACUGUUGCUGAUCUGCCCUUCUGUCUUUUCCCCACUGUCCCCAACUUUUGGCACCACUCUGUUGUUGUUGUUUUUUUACUUUAUUUUCUGAAAUUUUAUAUUUUCCAAGCUGUGUAAAUUUCUUGUACAAACCAAAAGAAAAGUGUGAAUUAAAAAAAGGGGGGAAAA